AACUUUGUUUUCGUUACGCCCACUUUAUACGAUCGUAAAAUUUCGACUUUCGUGUUGUGUUUCCCGUGCGUAGAGAAAUCUUAACAAAUCAUGGCAAAGUCGAAGAACCACACGGCGCACAACCAGCACCGUAAGGACCACAGAAAUGGAAUCAAGAAGCCCAAGAGGUUCAGAAGCGAUCACACCCGUGGCGUUGACUCCAAAUUCCUGAAGAACCUUAAAUUUUCCCGCAAGCACAACCUGAAGCCAGCCCAGCAGCUGAAGAGGGCCGCUGAGAGAGCAGCAGCCAGAACGCAGAAGGCUCCACAGAAAAAAUAAUUUCCCUCUGGACGUUUGACUUCAAAAAGAAUGCUUCUGUGUUAAUAUAAGGAUGACCAUUAAAUACCAAAUUUUGGUUA